CUCCGCCUUCACCCGCCUGGGCRUGCUGCGGGAUGCUCGGCGGGGAUCCGGCACCCGGCAGCCCUGAGGCUGGAGGAGGCAGUGUGCCCAGGGAGGGGGGGGGCGCUCAGUAGCGCUGCCCUCGCUCUCCCUGUCUCCUCUCCCCGCAACGCUUGUUGCUGCGCGGAGACACGGCACCGCGGUUGUCGGCAGCCGCGGGGAAGGGGGAGGGCGCGGCGCAGCCUGCCUGCGGUAGAUGCGUGGGGCCCGGUACGGCGCCGUGGAGUGCCCCCCGCCACCCACGGCCCGGGCACGGCAGCCCUGCAGCCGUCCAGGCUUGCUCGUCCAGAUGGAUGACGGGGUCCAGCUGCUGCUUUUUCAUGGAGAUCCCUGCGCUGUCCCGGGCCACGCAGAGCAGCCUGGCACCUCGGAGAUGGGCAGCAAGGGGACCUAGCACAGGCUGUGGGAAGGGGUUGCRUCCUCUAUGCAUCAAUGUACCAAUGCCCGAGCGUGGGGCAGCCACAGUCUCCUGCGUCCAAGCCAGGGACAACGUUGGGAUGCCAGGUAGGCUGAAGAAUAGUUGGGACACUGAAAAAAAGGCAAGGAAGAAAAACUUUGCCAGCAACGAUGCCAUCCUGUGUGUUCCUGGGCGAGGAAGCUCCAUCUCCCUUGGUUUCCAGGRCUGCACCUCCCAGUUGGUGGAGCUCUAGAGUACGAGGUGUCAUGCCUCCCCUUUCAUUGCUCUUCUUCCACUGCUGUGUGUCCUUGUCCUCUCAGGGCUGUCACAAGGAGGCAGAGCUCUGAGCCAAGCCAGGUGGGAAGAUGGCUGAGAAGCUGGUGCCCGGAGACCUGUUGUUGAGGAAGACCCGGGAAUCAGUGUCAUCCCUGGACUCGGACAAGCUGGCACCCAUCUCACCCGAGGUGGGUGGUGAGGAGUCAUCCGACAGCGAGGGCGAGCAGGAGGACAAUUCCCACAAGCUCAUCCGGAAGGUUUCCACCUCGGGGCAGAUGAGAAGCAAGAAGAGCGUAAAGGAGGGGCUGUUGCUGAAGCAGACGAGCUCCUUCCAGAGGUGGAAGAGACGAUACUUCAAGCUGCGGGGCAGGACACUCUAUUAUGCUAAGGAUGCCAAGUCCCUCAUCUUUGACGAGGUGGACUUGUCUGAUGCCAGCGUGGCUGAGACCAGCACCAAGAACAUCAACAACAGUUUCACGGUGAUCACACCAUUCCGGAAACUCAUCUUAUGUGCUGAGAACCGGAAGGAGAUGGAAGACUGGAUCGCUGCCCUGAAAUCUGUCCAGAAGUGGGAGAUCCAUGAGACCACACAAUUCAACAUGGAACACUUCUCGGGCAUGCACAACUGGUACGCCUGCUCUCACGCUCGGCCCACCUUCUGCAAUGUGUGUCGUGAAGCUCUUCCAGGGGUCACCUCCCAUGGCCUCUCCUGUGAAGUCUGCAAGUUCAAGGCACACAAGCGCUGUGCUGUUAGAGCCACAAACAACUGCAAGUGGACGACCCUGGCCUCCAUCGGCAUUGAAAUCAUCGAAGAUGAGGAUGGGGUGGCCAUGCCCCACCAGUGGCUGGAGGGGAACUUGCCUGUCAGCGCGCGUUGCGCUGUCUGCGACCGGACCUGUGGCAGUGUCCGGAGGCUGCAGGACUGGCGGUGUCUGUGGUGCAAAGCCAUUGUUCACAGUGCCUGCAAGGAGCUUCUUGGCAGGAGGUGCCCCCUGGGCCAGUAUAAAGUGUCCAUUAUCCCGCCAACUGCCUUGAACAGCAUUGAUUCUGAUGGUUUCUGGAAAGCCACCUGCCCAUCGACCUGCUCCAGCCCUCUCCUGGCCUUUGUUAACUCCAAGAGUGGGGAYAACCAGGGCGUCAAGUUUUUGCGAAAGUUCAAGCAGUUCCUCAACCCAGCCCAAGUCUUUGACCUCAUGAAUGGGGGCCCACACCUGGGGCUGCGCCUCUUCCAGAAGUUCUCCACCUUCAGAAUCCUGGUGUGUGGUGGGGAUGGCAGCGUGGGUUGGGUGCUCUCUGAGAUUGAUGCCCUUGGCCUCCACAAACAGUGUCARCUGGGUGUCCUGCCCCUGGGGACUGGCAAUGACCUGGCACGGGUUCUAGGCUGGGGCAGCCUGUGCGACGAUGACACCCAGCUGCUGCAGAUCCUGGAGAAGCUGGAAAGGGCCACCACCAAGAUGCUGGACCGGUGGAGCGUGCUGACGUAUGAGGCCCCCAAGCAGUCCCCCUCAAUCCUGAAGGAGGAGGAAAAUGGGGACUCCAGCAUCCAGGGCUCAUGGCAGGAUGGCAGGGCUCCAACAGUCUCCCCUUGUGACCCCCAGGCCCAGAUCUCCCAUUACGCUGACUCUGUUGCCUUCCACCUGGCCAAGAUCCUGGAGUCAGACAAGCACUCAGUGGUGAUCUCCUCUGCAAAGUUCCUCUGUGGCACUGUCAAUGACUUUGUGACUGAAGUGGGGCGGGCUUACAAGAGCGCAACGGAGAAUAAGGAGGAGGCUGAGCUGAUGGCACAGAAGUGUGCCAUGCUGAAUGAGAAGCUGGACUCACUGGUGCGGGAGCUGAAUGAGGAGGCUCAGGCCAUCAUGAUACCUGAAAAAAUGGCACAGGCCAUUGAUGUCAAGGACCAGGAUAAAGGAGGCAGCUUCAACCCCAGCUCCAUGCCUCGCAUCUUCAAAUCCAAGGAGCAGCUCAUGUUGCGGGCGAACAGCCUGAAGAAAGCCCUGCGGCAAAUCAUUGAGCAGACAGAGAAAGCUGUGGAUGAGCAGAACAAGCAGACCCAAGCCUACCAGGGCAGUGUGGGCCCCAGGAAGGACAGCUCGGAGGAGCUCAACAAGGAGGAGGAGAAGCUCAGCUCCCGGCGAGUAACUGUGACCUCUGCAUCUUCCUCCAUCAUCCUGGACCGGCCAGACACGUUUGGCAGCUUGCAAUUCCCUGAAGACCCCAGCACCCUCCACUUCUCGGAGAAAUGUGUAAUGAAUAACUACUUUGGCAUCGGCCUGGAUGCGAAGAUUUCCCUCGAAUUCAACAACAAACGUGAUGAGCACCCCAAGAAGUGCAGCAGCCGCACCAAGAAUAUGAUGUGGUAUGGGGUGCUAGGCACGAAGGAGCUCCUGCAGCGCACCUACAAGAACCUGGAGCAGCGGGUACAGCUGGAGUGUGACGGGGUGCCCAUCUCACUGCCCAGCCUGCAGGGCAUUGCUGUUCUCAACAUCCCCAGCUAUGCUGGGGGUAUCAACUUCUGGGGAGGCACGAAGGAGGACAAUAACUUUGGAGCUCCAUCCUUCGAUGACAAGAAGCUGGAGGUGGUGGCAGUCUUCGGCAGCAUUCAGAUGGCCGUGUCCCGGGUCAUCAACCUCCAGCACCACCGUAUCGCGCAGUGCCGUGUGGUGAAGAUCACCAUCCGGGGGGACGAGGGUGUCCCUGUGCAGGUCGAUGGAGAGGCCUGGAUCCAGCCACCUGGCAUUAUCAAAAUCCAGCAUAAGAACAGAGCCCAGAUGCUGACAAGGGACCGGGCAUUUGAAAGCACCCUCAAGUCUUGGGAGGACAAGCAAAAAGGGGAGGGCUACCGUGCAGCCACACGGCCCCGCCUCAGCUCCCAGCAGUCCAUGGAGUACCUGACGGAGGAGGAGAGCAGCCUCUUGCAGCAGGUCUCACGGGUGGCCGAGACCCUCAUUGCCAGGAUCCAUGAGGCAGCCAAGUCUCACAAAGCCGUGGAGCAGGAGCUGGCGCACGCAGUCAAUGCCAGCUCCCUGGCACUGAGCGAAGCCCUGUCCCACAAAGCUGCCRGCACCUCAGAGUUUCUUAGCAGGAACGUUGCUGUGGAGGUGGUGCUGAGCAUCAAGGAGCUGUGGGCUGAGACCAGGGCAUUCCUGGAAGGGAAAGGGCUGGACUCACCACAGGAGGAGGAGGCACUUCAUGGCCCCCUGAGUGUGCUAGGCCAGGAGUUGCAGCGGCUGCUGGACAUCCACUGGCUGGGCCCCAUUGCUCACCCUGCCGAGGAGGAAGGUGCCAGCGGUGCCAACAAAGGCAGCUUUAAGCUUCGCCUCAACAUCCCCAAGCCCAGGAAGGAAAAGGACAAGCUGCAGAAGCAGAAGGCCAACAGUGUGCUCCCAGGCCCCAGCAGUCCACCACUGUGGUUUUCUUCCCUGCUAGCAGACACGUGGGGCUCCGAGGAGGUGGCAGCUUGGCUGGAAACUCUCGGUUUAGGGGAAUACAGAGACAUUUUUGUCCGACAUGACAUCCAGGGCUCAGAGUUGAUUCUGCUGGAGAGGAGAGACCUGAAGGACCUGGGAAUCACCAAAGUGGGUCACAUGAAGAGGAUCCUUCAGGCCAUUAAGGAGCUCAGCAACUUGUCCUAGGCUGACAACAGGGCAGCAGCCCAGCCCAGGCGCUGGGUGGGUGCUGCCCCCAGGGAACAGGGGUUGUGUAGGGUAACAGGUCUUUGCCCCUGCCCCAUAUGUAUGGAGCCCCCCGCUUGCCUCGCUUUAUCUGUCUGUCCCCUGCAUCCCUGGAGCCACUGCUUCUCCCCCAGCCUGUGGGGCUGGAGUCACUGAAGCAGAGGUAAUGUGGUCUGACCACUAGUCCAACCCCUCAGGAUCAUUACAGGAGCUGGGGCGACCCUCUGUGUGCUCAAGCUGGAGCCAAAGCAGUUUCCCCUUCCCCGUGUGGGUAUUUAAGCUGUGUAAAUAUUUGGAGAGAAGAUACUGCUGCUGCUCGCAUGGUGUCAUUUCUAAGGGGAAGGAGAGGGYUGGGGAGGAGGGAAUUGGGAAUACCUUUCAGCCUUCACCCCUGAGCUUCCUGCUCCCCAUCGUGCAACCCGCCACCUUGCUCUCACCCUCUG